AUGCAUUUCACCACUUCCUUCCUUGCUUCUGCCUCCCUCCUCGCCACUGUCGCCUCCGCUGCCCAGUUUACUGUGUCAGUUGGACCCAACAACGGCCUCACUUACGACCCCCCUAGCAUCACAGGUGUCAAGGCUGGUGACCAGAUCUCGUUCAAGUUCUUGUCCAAGAACCACACUCUCACCCAAUCAACAUUCGCCACCCCAUGCGUUGCUAAGCCUGAUGGUGUUGACUCUGGCUAUGUCCCUGUUGCUGCUGGCGCCACCUCCUUCCCUGAGUGGACGAUCCAGAUCGACAAUGUGACCGCCCCUCUCUGGUUCUACUGUGCCCAGGGAGCUCACUGCAAGGCCGGAAUGGUCUUCGCCAUCAACCCCACCGCCGAAAGGACAUUCGAGACUUUCCUGGCGACCGCCAAGGGCGAAACCGCCCCAGCACCCAGCGGCGGCGCCACCACACCCCCCGCAACGGGCGGCGGAGCCACCACCCCCGCUACAGGCGGCUCGGGAUCGACCCCGACCCCCGGCAACACCCCCGCGGGCAGUGGCACCACCGUCGUCGGCAGCACCCCCAGUACCGGCGGCAACACCACCACCGACAGCUCGAACCAGGGCAACGUCCCUGCCUCUGCUGGCUUCGCCGUCACCGUGCAGCGCGCGACCACGCUCCUCGCUGCCCUUGGCGUCGCCUCCCUCCUGCUAUGA